AUGAAACUGUCGUCAGCUGAGUAAAACUCCUCUGGCUUUUUUUUUUUAUUUGGUUUGGCAACAUCAUUUCUCUUCGAUGUUUUUGUAGACACUGGGAUGGUUGGUGUGAGGGAGAAUUUUAUACAUCGCUACUGUUUCUCUUUUCAGGUUCUAGGUGAUAUGCUAUGCAGCAUUGAGGUAGCAGGACAUGUUUUCUUUGACUUACAAGACAUAUCCGACAACCUCUUUAAGUUCUUUUGAUUUAUUCGUUUCUAAAAUAAUUUAUAUAAUUUAAUAAAUUUUAAUCUUAAAUUAUACGUAUUAGUAUGUCACAGGUUUUAUUUAAUGCUUAUUAUUUAUAUAUUAUGUUUUUAAAAAUAUAUGAAUUAUUUUAGAUAUAAAUAAAUCAUAAUAAUUUAAUAUUAACCCAAAAAUCUAACUACAAAUACUUAUACCGGACAUGGGGAGAAGUGCAUGCCUUUUUCUAUUGACUAACCGCACCCGUUGGAUCCUUCCUCCUGAUCUCAUCACCGCCAUUCAAGUCAAACACGCCCCACUUCGAAUUCAAAUUUCAAAUCUUGGAACGUUGUAACCCUUCCCCAUAUUCUGUUCCUCGCUGCACUUCCAUCUCUGCCCAAUUUACAUCUAUCUCUCUUGAUCUUUGUCCCCCUCUCCGUGACACAAGCUCUGUGUCUCCUCCUCCACCACCACCAUGGCCGCCGAGAGGAAGCUUCCCCUCCAAUCCAGCGCCGCCCACAACUCCGCUGCGGGGGGCGGUACCGCCGAAGCCCCCGCACCGGCAGGGGGCAAGAAGACGAUCGAGCAGAUCUACCAGAAGAAGACGCAGCUCGAGCACAUCCUUCUUCGCCCGGACACUUACAUCGGCUCCGUCGAGAAGCACACUCAGCCCCUCUGGGUCUACGAGAACGGCGAGAUGGUCCACCGCCCCGUUACCUACGUGCCCGGCCUCUACAAAAUCUUCGACGAGAUCCUCGUCAACGCCGCCGACAACAAGCAGCGCGACCCCUCCAUGGACACCGUGAAGGUCGAGAUCGACGUCGACGCAAACCGCAUCAGCAUCUACAACAACGGCGAUGGCGUGCCCGUCGAAAUCCACCAGGAGGAAAGGGUCUACGUGCCGGAGUUGAUCUUCGGCCACCUCCUCACCAGCAGCAACUACGACGACAACGUCAAGAAGACCACGGGUGGGCGAAAUGGCUACGGCGCCAAGCUCACCAACAUCUUCUCCGCGGAGUUCAUCAUCGAGACCGCCGAUGGGAGGAGGCAGAAGAAGUAUAAGCAGGUUUUCUCUGACAACAUGGGGAAAAGGUCCGAUCCCUCAAUUACCAAGUGCAAGGAAGGGGAAAACUGGACAAAGGUGACCUUUAGGCCAGAUCUUGCCAAAUUUAACAUGACUCGUCUCGAGGAAGACGUGGUUGCACUCAUGAAGAAGAGGGUUGUUGAUCUCGCUGGAACCCUCGGCAAGUCCGUCAAGGUAGAGUUGAAUGGGCAACGGAUACCUGUAAAGACUUUCUCCGAUUACGUCAACUUGUACCUUCAGUCUGCAUCGAAGUCCAGAACUGAACCACUUCCAAGGAUCGCGGAGAAGGUUAAUGAAAGGUGGGAGAUUUGUGUCAGUCUAAGUGAAGGGCAGUUCCAGCAGGUUAGCUUCGUGAAUGGUAUUUCAACGAUCAAGGGAGGAACUCACGUUGAGUGUGUUACUAAUCAGAUCACCAACCAUAUAAUGACCGUCGUAAACAAGAAAAACAAGAAUGCUAACCUUAAAGCACACAAUGUGAGAAGUCAUCUAUGGGUAUUCGUCAAUGCCCUCAUCAAUAACCCUGCCUUCGAUUCACAGACCAAAGAAACCUUGACUACUCGUCAGGGAAGCUUUGGAUCAAAGUGUGAGCUCUCACAAGAGUUCCUUAAGAAGGUUGCUAAAUCAGGAGUCGUAAACACUCUGCUUACAUGGGCUGAUUUCAAGCAGAGCAAGGAAUUGAAGAAAACAGAUGGUGCCAAAAGGCAGAGGAUUACAGGCAUUCCCAAGCUCGAGGAUGCUAACGAUGCUGGUGGCAGGAACUCCGAUAAGUGUACCUUGGUAUUGACUGAAGGAGAUUCUGCAAAGGCUCUUGCUAUGGCUGGUAUCUCGGUAGUAGGCAGGAACUACUAUGGUGUGUUCCCGCUGAGAGGGAAACUGCUGAAUGUCAGAGAAGCUAACCAUAAGCAGAUAAUGGAUAAUGCAGAAAUCCAGAACGUAAAGCAAAUUCUUGGUUUGCAGCAUGGAAAGGAGUAUGAUAGUACUAAAGGCUUGAGAUAUGGCCAUCUCAUGAUAAUGACAGAUCAGGAUCAUGAUGGCUCGCACAUCAAGGGCCUCCUCAUCAACUUUAUUCAUACAUUUUGGCCCUCGUUGCUAAAAGUUCCCUCAUUUAUGGUUGAGUUUAUAACACCUCUUUUGAAGGCAACUAAUAACAAGAACAAGACUGUUCUAUCAUUCUAUUCCAUGCCAGAGUAUGAAGCAUGGAAAGAAAGUUUGGGAGGGAAUUCAAGUGGUUGGUCAAUUAAGUAUUAUAAGGGGUUAGGGACAAGUAAAUCAGAAGAAGGCAAAGAGUAUUUUAAGGACAUAGACAAGCACAAAAAGGAAUUUGUAUGGGCGGAUGAGCAAGAUGGUAAUGCUAUUGAGUUAGCAUUCAGCAAGAAAAAGAUUGAGGCUAGAAAGAAUUGGCUCCGCCAAUUUGAGCCGGACAAUUAUCUUGAUCAAAAGCAGAAGCUUAUCAAAUACAGUGAUUUCAUCAACAAGGAGUUGAUCCUGUUCUCCAGGGCAGACCUACAAAGAUCAAUACCUUCAAUGGUUGAUGGCCUGAAACCAGGCCAGAGGAAGAUCUUGUUUUGCGCCUUCAAGCGGAAUUUCAUAAAGCAGGCCAAGGUUGCUCAGUUUGUAGGUUAUGUUUCUGAGAAGUCAGCAUAUCAUCAUGGUGAGCAGAGUCUUUCUACUACUAUAAUUGGUAUGGCUCAAGAUUUUGUGGGCAGCAACAACAUAAAUCUUUUGCUACCUGAAGGACAAUUUGGUACUAGACACCAGGGAGGCAAAGAUCAUGCCAGUGCAAGGUAUAUCUUCACUUGUAUGUCACCUGUCACGAGGUUCUUGUUCUCCAAGGAUGAUGAUAUUCUUCUUGACUACCUAAAUGAGGAUGGGCAAUCAAUUGAACCCACCUGGUAUAUGCCUGUCAUACCUACAGUUUUAGUCAAUGGAAGUGAAGGGAUUGGAACUGGAUGGAGUUCCUACGUUCCUAAUUACAACCCAAAAGACAUUGUAGCUAACGUUAGGCGAUUGUUGAAUGACGAACCAAUGGAACCCAUGGACCCAUGGUAUCGAGGUUUCAAGGGUCGGAUAGAGAAAUCAGCAACAAAGGAAGCUGGUGUGACCUAUACAAUUGCUGGUGUCAUAGAGGAAGUUGACAACACAACACUGAGAAUAACAGAGUUGCCGGUCCGUAGAUGGACCCAGGACUACAAGGAAUUUCUUGAGUCCAUGAUGACUGGGAAUGAUAAGAUCAAGGAACCAUUUAUCAAGGAUUAUCGGGAGUAUAAUGAUGACAAGACGGUCCACUUUGAGGUAACUUUGACAGAGGAGAAUAUGAACAUUGCCAGACAAGAAGGGCUGGAGAAAAAGUUCAAGCUGACUACAACAAUUGGCACCACCAAUAUGCACUUGUUUGAUUCGAAGGGUGUCAUAAAAAAAUACGAUAAUCCCGAGCAGAUUCUUGAGGAGUUCUUUCAUAUGAGAUAUGAAUUUUAUGAAAAAAGAAAGAAAGCACUCUUGGACAACCUCGAGCUCGAUUUACUGAAACUGGAUAACAAAGCAAGGUUCAUCCUUGGUGUUGUUAGAGGUGAGAUAAUAGUCAGUAACCGGAAGAGAGCAGAUCUGUUCCUUGAACUGCAGCAGAAAGGGUUCACUCCUAUGCCAAAGAAAAAAAAAGGCAUUGAUGCUGUUGUCGCCGGAGCUGUGGAGGAAGAAGAAGAUCAAGAAGAAGAGAGCCCUGAGGUGGGAAAGGGUGGAGUAAAAGCCAGCGAUUACGAAUAUUUGAUGUGCAUGCCGAUAGGAAGUUUGACGUUAGAGAAGGUUCAAGAGCUUUGUGCAGAUAAAGACAGACUAGAGGGAGAGGUUGAUGAAUUAAGAAGAACAUCUGCAAAAUCUCUAUGGUUGAAGGAACUCGAUGCAUUAGAAGAGGAGCUGGAUAAGCUAGAACGAAAGGAUGCUGAGGAUGAGGGGGUGAGGAAAGAGAUGAGAAUGAAGACCACUGCCGGUCUUGCACCCUCUAGACCAGGUCCGAAGAAGCCAAGAAAGAAUGCAGCAAAUAACUCAUCUGUUGUUGGAUCGGAGGCUACUGCAACUGAUGCGGGACAAAAGAAGCCUAGAGGGGCAACCAAGAGAGCUCCUGCUAAGAUGCGUGUGGUGGUUGAGAGCGGCGACGAAGACGACGAUGAUAUUCUUGCACUGAAAGAUCGGCUUGCUGCCUACAAUCUCGACUCUUCUCCGGAUCACCCAGCAAUGGAAACAACAGAUGCAGUGGUCGGGCAGGGAGAGGACAAAAAACAAGCGGACAGAAAUAGCGCUGCAACAAGGAAGGCAACUUCGAUCGACCUGUCGGAUGACGAGGAUAACGAAGCUGGAAAUCACAUGCCCGCCAUAGACGAAGACAACGAUGAGGAUUUCAGUGUGGUGGAAGCACCUAAAGGAGGGAAAGGUAGAGGGAAAAAGCCUGCCAAAGAAAAGGCUACCACGACCGCGACAAGGAAGAGGGGUUUGGCACUGCCUGUUUCGAGUCAGAAACGCAUCACCGAAGUGCUUAAGCCCGCGGAAAAUGCCACCACCAGGAUCUCGCCACAGAAGAAGGUCCGGAAGAUGAGAGCUUCUCCUUUCAACAACAAAAGUGGAUCAGUGCUGGGUCGACUCAAAGGUUCACCCUCCGGCAGUGAAGACUCUGGCGGUUCCUCAAAUGGCGGCCCUUCACCGUUCAACGAAGUGGCAGCGGCAAGAACUCGACCGAGGAGAGCGAACAGUACGAGAGCUGUGUAUGUGCUGAGCGAUUCAGAGGUGGAAGAGGAAUCAGCCGAUUCAGACUUCGAAGAGUAGGAAGCUUAAAUUGUAGAGUAUAGUAGAACCGUGUUAUUGUAACACCAUGUUGAUGUAACAGUUACUCGAGGGAAAAACUUGGACUGUAUUCUGAUGUUACUUACUGAUCAUUCGUCUUGUUGGUGAAACAAUUGGAGAUCAGUAUUUACGGAGUAAGUUUAUUGCACCCAAGAGUAAGUGAUGUGUCCACAUAUAUUGGAAGUGGUCAAUGGCAAUGUGGUGGGGCCGGCGUCGAUGAGCCGUUCGGUGGAGCCAUUUCACGGAGAAGGUGAAGCGGGUAGGUACGCAAGUCUCUUUUGGCAUCGUUCUCGGCCUUGAACCCAUUGCGACAUCCGAACCGUUUGAUCUGAAUCAGAUGAUCAUGUGGACAGCACAAGUGCAUCUCAGCCAUACACGCCCCACCCCUCCGCCGCUCCAUUUCUCUCGCUCGCUCGUUCGCUCUCUGGUAGCCGAGAGGGGGGGGAAGGGGGAAGGGGAGCAACGCCGUCCCCCUUUGUGACGUCGCCUUUGCGGACCUCAAAUUCCUGCUUCCAGCGUUUGGAAUGUCGGUCUCCACUUCGCUACGAGAAAAGGAACCCUAACCCUGAUUCCCCUAUUGGAAGAUUAUUGUGAUCCAAUGAAGAUCUGAUCCUGCUGAAGAAGGAGUUUCGAUGGUACGGUGGAAUAGGUGGGAUUUUGCUGCUAGGAUUUCGGGAAACAAGGGUUGUUUGCUUUCUUGGAUUGACAGAUUAGGGAAAUGAGAGCAAUUUUAGGAGGAUGGAUCUGAACCUCUACCUGGGGCUGCCUCGUUCCCCUCGUCCCUGCACUCUUGGUCUCGGUCCCGAUCUCGCUCUCAGUUCAUUGUACUUGCCAUCGUCUUCCACCACUAUCGAGGACGUCCGUGUUCCAGUUCCCAUGUCAGGUGCCGUGGAACCAUCGGAUUCUCACCCUCCAUACUCUCCUUCACAUGCCGAAUACACCCCUGACAUGCCGGCUGUUCUCCCAUUUCAUAGGAUCGACACACCAGAGUACACCCCAUUCCAUUCCAAUGAACGAUAUGGGGAAUCCUCGUCUGCUAUUCCACCAAUUAUUCGAGACCCUGAAGGACCUGAUGUUCCAUAUUCUCCUUCCAGUGUACAACCCCUGCCAGCUCUGCAGGUACCUGGUGAAACUGCAGUCCAGGAUGAUGACUCUCAUAUGGUCUAUUACCCUGCGUCUCCACUCAGACGUGCUGAUGAACCUGUAUUUUACUCGCCACCUUAUGUUUCUGGAUCGACAAAUUCACAGGACCACGAAACAGCCACCUUUCGCUUUUACCCAUCAAUGCCCAUGCAAACAGGUCAGAUCCUGUGUCCGGAAGAUGGCCCCUCUUCGAGGCCUGAGCCUCUUCACACCACUGAGGCACAUUUCAGAAGACUGACCGAAUCUAGCCUUCGAUGGCCGAACAGACAAUUUAGAUCUUUGCUUCAGCAUGCCGGUGAGAGGUCCAGUUUUCUGUCGCCAUCAGUGCCUAUUCGUGAACAGCCAGUGUGUGAUACAUUGAGCUCCCAAAGAUCUUUGGAACAUAAUGGGAAGCAUAAAGUGAGUGCUGAAAAUGAUACAACAGAAACUUCACAAGAGGAGAGGGAAGAGAAAGGUAGAAGUGCUGCUAACUUUGAGUGCAAUAUAUGUUUUGAUAUGGCUGUAGAACCUGUUGUUACCUCAUGUGGACAUCUGUUUUGCUGGCCAUGUUUAUAUCAAUGGCUGCAUGUCCAUUCUGAUUUUAAAGAAUGCCCUGUCUGUAAGGGAGUGGUAACUGAAUCGAACAUCACACCUAUUUAUGGUAGAGGGUCUCUGCAGCCUACUGUUGAGAAAAAUACUGAGGAUGAGGUGUCAGAUCUUACAAUACCACCAAGACCACAUGGAAAUAGAUUUGAAAGCUUUAGGCAACUGUAUCGCCCAGUUUCAAGGAGACUGGGGGAGGGAAUUGUAUUGUCAUGGAGACGCCUUCUUGAUCGGCACAUGCAUAGAGAAAACAGGCACGAAGACCCAAGCCUGCAGGAAAUAUUUGACAGUGUCCAUCGUAGAGCUCUAAGUAGGAUGAGGGCAAGAAGACUGCAAAGAGAGGUAAAUCCUGAAAGUGGAUCUAUCACUGAGGAUCUUGGAUUGCCCAUAAACAAUGUGCCAAACCCUAUCAGAAGUAAUACAAAUUCUAUCUUCCGAGAUGGAGCCAAUCUUUGGCCACAGAAUUCCAUGUAUGACCAUGGCACAGAUAGAGAGAUUGGUAAUAUGGUUGGACAAAAUGCAAGUAGUAGCAAUGGAUAUGAUCUAUCUACUUCAUCUGCUGAUCCUUUAAAUCUGGAACCACCAACAAUCAGGCAUCACGCUGAAUCAGUAUUGGCUGCUGAUCAGGCCUCUGCUUCUAGCACCAUGGCCAUGAUACAGGGAGAUGCUGCUGCCACUGAUGCUCUUGCAGAACCAAAUAGUGCAGGAUAUUCUCGGUCCAGUAGAAGGAGAGUUAGAAGCAACACUUAUGGUUCUUUUGAUGUUGAUGAAAGCACACUUCACUCAUGUAAGAGAAGAAGGCUGAACUAGUCUCCUUGUCUUGUUGUUUAGGCAUCUUCUAGUUAUUCGCCUCUUGGUAUGAUUGUAUGCGGAAAUAAAUCCAGUAGAGUGUUAUACUUAGUUGUUUGGAUAACAUUUAUAUUUAUCUGAUUAUCUUGGGUCA